AUGCACCGAAAUCCGUGGAUCACCAACUAUCUGAGCCAUGUCAAGUUCUGUCAAGGUUUUACAGAGGAGCCUCAAACCAAACUUGGCAGGGGCAAAAGACUACAGCGGAGGGCUUUUAGCUUUCAGAAAGAGUUCUCAUUUGAAGACAAAGACGAGGUAGCUCAGAACAACAAGGACAUAGAUGUCAACCUUCUGGCAGUUCUCCCUAAGGUUUCAGAACUAAGGAAACGUUUUGAAAACAUUAGCACAAGUGCCAGUGACGGGGACAUGAACAGGAAAGAGAGAAUCGCCCGGCGCCUAGAGGGUAUUGAUAGCGAGGUUCAGUCUGCUCUACUUCCCAGUUCUGGUGGCUUGGUGACCAAUCGGCUUCUAGAGGAAGACACACCACGAUAUACCCGAGGGGCAGAUACCUGUGAUCCCUGUACAGCUCCUGUCCAGCACUACUGUAAAGAGGAUGCUGAUUUGUCAGAUCCUCACUCCUCCGAGCACCAGUCCCGGUCCCGGACCCGGGUGGACCCACAGACGGUCCACUCCGGCCCAGCCCACUACAGCUCCGGCUCUGCCGACACUUCCGAACUAAACUCUAAAGCGGAGCGCAUUGCCCGUUACAAAGCCGAGCGUCGCCGACAGCUAUCCGAACGCUACGGCAUCUCUCUCGACCAGGAAGUGGAUGUGGAUUACUCCUCUCGGUAUUCCAGGAUCCGUCGUGAAUCUGAUGACUCCGAUCGGCAGCGUAGGCCCCGUGUUGAAGGUAUGGAGGAGGUGGGGCACGACAGCGGGCCCUCCUACACCUCCGGCUCCCAUGUGGCACAUUCAGCUGCUCACACACACUCUUACUCCAUGGAGCCGGAAAACUCUCGUGAACAUGCAGACUCUGUGUCGGAACGGGAGAGAAAGAUGAAUCUGGAGAAUCAGCGAAGGGCCCAGGAGAGAGGUGUGGUCCGUGGAGGAGGAGGAGGAGGAGGAGGGGUGUCGGACUCUGUAUCUUACAUGGAUGUUUCAGGGUCUACGAGGGUACCAGGUUGGGAGCAAGGGAUGACCGGAGUCCCCAGUUCUCCCAAAACAGGUCGCCGAAGCUCUCCUGGGGACAUGUUUAUAGAGCAGCAGGCGCACAGCAUCCUCAACAGACAGGGCUACUCAGCCAGUGAAUGGUCACUCCGGACUGAUUCCGAGGGGGACACCAAAUUCCCAAUCAACUGGCCCUCCAGAAUCAAAGUCAGGGAGAGGCUGACUCGAGAUGAGUCCUCUCAGAGGAGCCCAGAACUGAGAUCUUCGUCUGAGGCCCUGGGGUACCGCAAAUACCCUCAAACUACACUCAGAGACCAGGCAUCACAACCUAACACCUCUUCCUACCCGGAGCAGUCAAACCCCCAUGUCACCUACUCCCCUGUCCAGCCUCGCCGUGCCCGUCCUGGCCCCACAGCAGAACGUACAGAACAAGGAUGCCAAAGCUACCUCUCCAUGGCCAGUAGCCCCAGUUCUAAGGUUAGGGAGGAGGAGGAGGAGGAGGCUGGUGAUGGGAGCGGCCCAAGGGAAGGACGACGGGAUCCACAGACAGAGGGUCUGUUGCGCAGCAGGAAGGCAGUUUUGCCUUCAGAGAUCCGUCGAAGAGAGAGGAGUACUGAAGAUCCCCGGCGUGGCAGAGUGGAGGAGCUUGAUCUAAGAGCAGGCUACAGAGGGCCUGGAACGGGCAGAGACGGGGUCUCAGAUGAUCCCCGAGGAUCUCGAGGUGGAUGGUCCAGGCAGGAGGAACAUACAGAACAUGUGUCACGUCUUCAGGCAACUGAGAUGAUGCAGACACGCAGUAGGGAUGCCCAACAGAGAUCCAACGCUGGCUUCCAUCACCCCACAGGGUACAGUCCACACAUACAAAGCCAAGUCCCUGUUCCAGCUCCUACUGUAGUUCCACUCAACAACAGAUGGGCUCCGGACCCAGCCAAACCAUUGAGCCACUCCAUGUCUGAUGCUGAGACCCAUCGGACCACCGCUGCACCAGAGGUUCCCAUUUCAGAGCCCACUCAUGCCAGACAAGCUGCCCCUCACAAAGCUGUAACCAAUGGGGAGCAUCUACCUUCGGACACCAGAAUUUCUGUGGCCCAGCUGCGCCACUCAUACCUGGAGAACACCACAAGCCAGCGGAGACCUGAACUUGCAGACGAGUUGCCCAUGGUUACUGAGGUCCCUUGGAGAAGCGAGAGGGCAUCUCGUCGCCCCAGGCGAUAUAUCUCAUCCAAUGAGAGUAGAAAGACUUCAGAGAGGUUUAGGACUCAGCCCGUUACCUCAGCCGAGCGUCAGGAGUCUGAUAGGUCUUGCAUGGUCCCAGAUCCCCACAGUGCUGAAGUGGAUGAGGAGAAGUUGGAUGAGAGAGCAAAAUUGAGUGUGGCUGCCAAACGCUCUCUUUUCAGAGAGUUGGAGAAGAAUACAGACAGUGACGCUCUUAAACCGCGCAGUCGUAAUGCUGCAGUGGAGAGAAGGCUGAGACGCGGUCAGGACCGUUCACGCACCCAGCCGGUCACCACCGAGGAGGUGGUCAUCGCCGCCACUGUCUCUGGUCCCUCGUCACAAACUGUGACGGUUCACAACUCUGUUGCGUGUGUCCCUAGUUCCACUGUAGUCAGCUGCUCAAUGACUCAGCGCAGCCUUCAAGCAUCCACACAGCACAGUUCCAAAGUAAGGGAGCAGACGCGGGAGGCCAGGCUGGCUCAGGAUGCCCGGCAAGCGGAGCAGGCACGGCAGGCCUCCUCUCAAGAGGCUCCAGAGGAGCCUGAUCUCUCCGCCCUCAGCCUGGCUGAAAAGAUGGCACUUUUUAACCGGUUGGCCCAGCCACCCACCAACGUCACCCAUACAAGGACAGACACGCGGGCACGCCGCAAGAACACACGCUAUCAGACCCAACCCAUCACCUUAGGAGAGGUGGAACAGGAUGGCUCUGAAUCUGAGCUGUUUGAAGAAGAACUCUCAGAAGGACAGAAUGAUCCAGAACAUCUCCAGACAGGUGGAGGCGCACGUCUUGAAUCAGUCAAGUCGUCCACGGUCUCUACAGCUCAUGCUGGUGACAUCCACUUGGCUACAACUAAUCCCUCCGGCUCCGCCUACUACGAACAGGCCCUCCCCUCCCAGACCACAUUUGUGGGGCACUACCAGGAACCUCCCAAGCCAUCCCAGCCUGAGAUAGCACCCUCGGGCACAGGUAAACGGAAGUUCCCCUCUCCAGAGAGCGUAAGGCAACCACCCCACGCUCAACCAGGCCAAGAGUGGGAGGAGCAGAGAGUCUACGGAGGAGACACAGCUGAGGAUCUCCAAGACACACAUGGUGCACAGAGGACAAAGGCCAUUGUUUCAGCAGAACUCCCAGAGCAGUCUGCGCGUGUGGAAGCACCUCAGUCCUCUCUGCAGAGCCGAACGCACACACACGCGCCGCAGCUGCAAGAGCAAGACACACACACAGCUGAGGACAGUGAGAGAGCACAAGAGAGAGUCCUUCAACCAGAGGACGGAGAGGAGCUCUCUGAUGCCAUGGAAGCCAAACACAUGUCCAUCAAAGACAGGUUGGCUCUGCUGAAGAAGAGCGGAGAAGAGGACUGGAGAAACAGGAUCAAUAAGAAGCAGGACAUUGUGCAGGUGGCACUGUCAGAGAAAUAUGCCCAACUAUGGGAGGUGGAACAGAGCUUCAAAAAGAAGGAUGAAAGGAUGAUGAUAGAUGACUUUGCUGUGUCUGAUCAGCUCUGGGAACCUGUUUUUGCCUCCACUUUUUCCACUGCUUCUGAGCCUUUGGACUUUACUGCCCUCCUCGUGAAGGCAAGUCUCCUGCCCAUGCAGGUGGAUGAGCGUCACCCCUGGAGACGGAAGAGGAUGGGUGACAAGGUGCAGACUGAACAGACUGAACGUGUACAGAUGUCCAUUCAGGAACGUAAACAGCUUAUUACAGCCCAGGAAGAUGCCUGGAAGGUCAGAGGUCACGGAGCUGCCAACGAUUCAACCCAGUUUACCGUGGCUGGCCGUAUGGUCAAAAAGGGUUUGGCAGCACCUUCUGCUCUAACAACGUCAGUGCUGUCUCCUCCGUCCACUAAGAACAAGAAUGGUUCUCAUGUCAUCUCCAAACCCCAGGAAGAAAUUGAGGUCAGACAGGGCAUGAAAUUGGAGUCAGACAGGAAGCUGGAUAAGCUGGAGUCUUUCCUUGGCCGACUGAACAGUAAAGUGGCCGGGCUUCAGGAGACGACAGUGACAGUCACUGAGAAAUCCAUUAAAGAGGUUAUGACGUUGGACGAUGCAAUUUUCGACAAAUUCUACCGCCAUACAGAAGAGCUCACUAAUAUAACCAAGAAGGUUGAGAUAGAUGAUGACUUUGACACCAUCUUUGGCCCGCAGAUGCCCAAGCUGACCUCAGCCAUGGUCGAGCAUAAACGAGCUGUGCGUCCGGCGAGAAACGUCCAGUCGUCACGAAACCCUUUGAAGAUGCUUGCUGCCAGAGAGGACAUCAGACAUGAGUACACAGAACAGAGACUCAACGUUGGUCUAUUGGAGAGCAAGAGGAUGAAGCAAGAGAAGAUGAGUAAGAACAGUGGGUUUUCAGAAGUCGCCCUGGCUGGUUUGGCCAGUAAGGAGAACUUCAGCAGCGUGAAUUUACGGAGCGUCAAUGUUUCUGACCAGAGUUCCAACAACAGUGCCAUGCCCUACAAAAAACUCAUGCUCAUGCAGGUCAAAGGUCGCAGACAUGUUCAGACAAGGCUAGUCGAGCCCAGAGCCUCCUCCCUGAACAGUGGUGAUUGCUUCCUCCUGACUACACCCCAUCACUGCUACAUCUGGACAGGAGAGUUUGCCAAUGUCAUCGAGAAGGCCAAAGCUGCUGAGCUGGCUACAUUCAUCCAGACCAAGCAUGACCUGGGUUGCAGGGCCUCAUACGUGCAGACCGUCGAAGAGGGCAUAAACACACACAGCCCUGCCGCCAAAGAGUUCUGGAAGCUUCUCGGAGGCCAAACCAGCUACCAAGGUGCUGGGACACCAGAGGAAGAUGAACUGUAUGAGAAUGCCAUUGUGGAGACAAAUUGCAUCUACAAACUGGUGGAGGACAAACUGGUUCCAGAUGAUGACUACUGGGGCAGGGUUCCCCGGUGCACCAUGCUGAACCCUAAGGAGGUGCUGGUGUUUGACUUUGGCAGUGAGGUAUACGUUUGGCACGGUAAAGAGGUGACAUUGGCACAGAGAAAGGUGGCAUUUCAGCUGGCAAAACACCUGUGGAACGGCACAUUUGACUAUACCAAUUGCGACAUAAACCCCUUGGACCCAGGAGAGUGCAACUCUCUCAUACCCAGGAAGGGGCAGGGUCGUCCAGAUUGGGCCGUGUUUGGUCGGCUGACACAGCAUAAUGAAACCAUCCUUUUUAAGGAGAAGUUUCUGGAUUGGACAGAUUCAAAGAAAGCCUCAAAGAAGAAUGGCAGUGCACAAGCUGCUGAACACAAGGACCUGCAGGGUGGGGAGUCUAAAUCAUAUGAUGCUGCUCUCAUGUUGCCAGUGGUUCGGACGCCCAUACGGACCAUUCUGGAUGGUACUGAUGUGGGUCGGGGCUAUGGAUUGGUGGAGGGGGAUGAAGGGCGCUGCUAUGAGAUCAGCACACUAUCCGUCGACGUCUGGCAUAUCCUGGAAUUUGAUUAUAGUCGUCUGCCCAAACAGAGCAUUGGUCAGUUCCAUGAAGGUGACACAUAUGUGGUCAAGUGGAAGUAUAUGGUCAGCACAGCAGUGGGGAAAUGGCAGAACGCGGAGCGGAUUAUCGGCCCGGGAAAAGAGAAGUGCUCCUAUUUCUUCUGGCAGGGUCGUAACUCUACAGUGAAUGAAAAGGGAACGUCGGCCCUGAUGACGGUGGAGCUGGACGAAGAGAGAGGCGCACAGGUCCAGGUGCAGCAGGGGAAGGAACCGCCCUGUUUCCUGCAGUGUUUUAACGGAGGAAUGAUUGUUCACGCAGGAAAGAGAGAGGAGGAGGAGGAGAACUCUCAGAAUGACUGGCGACUGUACUGUGUUAGAGGAGAGAAGCCAAUAGAGGGCCAUCUACUGGAGGUGGUGUGUCACUGCAGCAGUCUGCGCUCUCGUGCUUCUAUGAUUCUCCUCAAUAUUCCUAAAGCCAGCAUGUACCUGUGGCACGGCUGUAAGUCUCAGACGCACACACGAGACGUAGGCCGUGCUGCUGCUAACAAGAUCAAAGAACAGUGUCCUCUGGAGGCGGGGCUGCACAGCAGCAGUAAAGUGACCAUUCAGGAGUGUGAUGAGGGGGCGGAGCCACUGGGCUUCUGGGAAGCUCUGGGAAAAAGGGACCGAAAGGCAUAUGACUGCAUGUUGCAAGACCCAGGGAAGUUCAACUUCACCCCUCGGCUGUACCAGCUGAGCAGUUCCUCAGGGGAGUUUGCAGCCGUGGAGUUUCUGUAUCCGGCCAGAGAACCCAAUCUGGUCAACUCACUGCCCUUCCUUCAGGAAGACCUAUACACAGCCACGCAACCAGCUCUGUUCCUGGUGGAUAAUCAUCAUGAGAUCUACCUGUGGCAAGGCUGGUGGCCACAGGACAGGGAAAGCACAGGCUCUGCCCGGAUACGCUGGGAUUCUGACAGAAAAUGUGCCAUGGAAACUGUGCUCCAAUACUGCAGGGAGAAGAAUGAGAAGAAGCCACCUAAGUCCUACCUGAUCCACGCAGGCCUGGAGCCCCUCACGUUCACCAAUAUGUUCCCCAGCUGGGAACACCGGGAGGACAUCGCCGAAAUCACAGAGAAGGAAGCAGAGGUCACCAAUCAGAUCAUUUUGGUAGAGGAUGUCUUGAACAGAUUAUGUAAGACCACCUACCCAUUGGCUGAUCUGUUGGCCCGCCCACUGCCAGAGGGCGUUGACCCACUGCGUCUGGAGAUCUACCUUUCAGAUGAGGACUUUGAGGGUGGAGGGCCUUUUGGGAAGAAAGCGCUGGAGAUGACAAGAAGUGAGUAUGAAGCAUUGCCUGGAUGGAAGCAGGUGAACAUAAAGAAAGCCAAAGGACUGUUUUAA